CUUUGCUUCACUCUAGGGGAGCAUCAGAUAGCGUCACUGUAAUCACCCACCCGCCCAAAUUAGAGAUCGGAUCGAUCCGCCGGCGGCCACGCCGGUCAGGUGUCCCCGGCGGCGAAGCUCGGCGCGACGACGGAGCCUUCCUGGCGAUGGGGUGCGGUGGGAGUCGUACAGGCGCGCGGCGGCGGCGGCGGUCUCGAUGGCGUCGCCGCUCCAGGGGGGAUUCGAGUCCGGCGUCGUCGUCGGUCCGAGCGGGACGGGGCGCAGCAGCGGCGGUGGCCCGAGCAACGAAGACAGUGGCGUUGAACCUCCAAAAGGUACCAGUGGCCCUCAUUGCGCUGUAAUUACUCGUAGGCGUAGCGCCAUUCAUUUAUCAAGUGAUUUAAUUAAAUUCAAAGUGGGUGAUUCAGAUUUUGAGUUACUCACUCCUAAUGGUGGAGUAGAAUCCCGAGACACCGCCAAUUUGUGCUGGCGAGUCUGUUUUGUACGAGUAGCUUACAUGUUGAGUGUUCUGCAGUCUGAAGAAUCUGCAUAGCCUGAUUUCUCAUUUGGAGUUGCCAGUGCUGUCCAAGUUCUGUCCUUGUCAGCAUAGCGAACUCUGCUUUGUCUUGCACAUGCUGGAUCCUCAUGUUGUCGAUGCAGGGGAGAAGCGUGAUCAUUGUCCUGUAUUUGUGGAGAAGUAAUUCUGAAGAAAGAAGGAAAAAAAAAUGUUACUCAAACUGACAUACCGCUGUCUCCUCACUGAAGUUAGCCAGAUUCCUCACUAAGGCCUUUGGAGAUGCAUUACCUGACGUGCAACCAGCAGAUCCCCUCACACAAGUUAGCCCAUCAUCAAAUCGAAUGAUUUCAUUGCGGUUCUCAACUAAAAUCGGAUGCUAGCUGCUACUCUUCUAACCAAAGCACCCCCAAGAAAAAGCUACUUCUUGUUCUGUUCAGCACCUGGUGUCGUUUCCUGCUAUACUUUGGAAGAAACAACUUUUCAACUCAUAUUCCUCAUAAAUCGUCAUUUUGGUGCUGCACUGAAUGACAUGAAUUUGCCUACCCUGCAAUUAGAAUGAGCUUGUUGUGCAUCAUAAGUUAACUGGAUUAAUUUCAAGCAAACUGGCCAGUUGUUUUCUUAAGCAUAUGGGAGUUGCAGCGGUUAAUUGGUAACUGGGAGCAAUACAGCCUUCGCUAGAAAAGAAGUGGAAUGACUGACGUGCAGUUUUGGACAAAAGUAGCUGCCUUGCCUGGCCUGCAAGGAUCAUUGAUCCUCCAGCUCCAUAUCUUACCUCCUUGCUGCUUUUGGUAAAGCAUCAGAUGCUCUCUUUGGUACUAGCAUGAAACCUAAAGUAUAGUUUGCUCCAAGGCUAAUAAGCUGACAGUAUUCUGCGGGGAAACCAAAAGGGUAUUGGCAGGGACCAAUAUCUUCAGAGCUAGCAUUAGCACCAACACCUCAUAUCGCAGCAAGAAAGAAACGAUAAGCAUGGAGGCGACGGCGGUUAGCUUGGGCAAGGCUGUGCUCGACGGUGCGCUGGGCUAUGCUAAGUCCAAGGCGGCAGAGGAAAUCGCGCUGCAGCUCGGUGUCGAGCGCAAUGUGAACUUCAUCAAGGACGAGCUGCAGAUGAUGCAGUCGUUCCUGAUGACAGCCGAUGAGGAGCAAAGCCACAAUAAGGUGCUCACCACCUGGGUGAAACAGAUUGGGGUCCUGGCCUAUAAGGUGGAGGAUAGCCUCAUGGAUUUCGGCCUCCACUCGGAGAAAAAACCAUUCUUGGGCUGCAUCCCCCGCAACCCAGGUGAUCGACGCCGCAUUGCCAAGGAGGUGAAGGAGCUGAGGGCCGAGGUGGAGGAUGUGAGCAACAGGAAUCUGCGCUAUCGCCUCAUCAAGGAGAGUUCAGGCUCCAAGCCUACCACGGCAGAGGAGCAGGCCAGCAUUGCCACUGCAACACUGUUUGGCAUCAACGAAGCAAGGCUUGCUGCCUUGGAGCACGAAAAACCAUCAGAGGUGGACCUCCGCCAGCUGAUUACCAGCAACAAUGUGGGCCUUAGGGUGAUCGCUGUUUGGGGAACUAACAGUGAUCUCGGGAAGACGUCAGCCAUCCAGGAGGUUUAUGAUGACCCGAAGGUAUUGAAAAGGUUUGGAUUCCGUGCUUGGAUUAGGCUGAUGCAUCCUUUCAAUCCACAGGAGUUCCUCCAGAGCUUAGUAAGGCAAUUUUAUGAAAAUUUCUAUGAUGAGGUUGGAAAGCCAUCUGUCAAUUCACAAGAGUUCCUCCAGAGCUUGCUAAGGCAAUUAAAUGAAAAUUCCCAUGAUGAGGUUGGAAAGGCAGAACAAGAAACAAGUGUUGGGGCUGUUCUGGCAAAGAUGGAGAAGAUGGAUCAAAGUGAUUUGGUCUGCGUGUUUAAUGCACAGUUGUGUAGCAGUAGCUACCUGGUUGUAAUAAAUGACCUGUCCACAAUAGAAGAGUGGCAUUGCAUUAAGAAGUACUUUCCCAACAACAAGAAACAAAGUAGAAUCGUUGUUUCCACACAGCAAGUUGAAAUUGCAAGCCUGUGUACAGAGAAACCAUACCAAGUUUCGGGGUUCAAGCAGUUGUCAUGUGAUCAAACUAUUUAUUUGUUCCACAAGAAGAAUUCAGAGGAGCGGGUCAGCAUGGGUUGUGUUAGUGUGACAUUGUUUGACACCAAUGAAGCAAGGCUUGCUUCUAUGGAGAAGCAGAAACUGAAGGUUAUGCAUGAAUCAUGUUCUGCAGAGCCCAUUUCCAACUCAAACAAUGUUACUACUACUGAGAAAAACAGAGCAAUGCUCACCACUGAAAUACAGGAGCAAGACCAAGUACCUAACAAUCCAGAUGAAGAAAAAGUUCAUAACCCAACUGCAAGAAAGAAGUUUGAUCGCAGCAGGACACUAGCACUGGCUGGUGAAGUACUCUGUGGGCGAGAAACAGAGAAAUCUAUUCUUCUCAAAUUAGUUGGACAACCAGACAACAAUCAAGGCUGUAAGGUGAUCUCAGUUUGGGGAAUGGGGGGUCUUGGAAAAACCACUCUUGUCCGAAGCAUCUACCGAAGUCAACAGCUUGGUGACUGGAAACGCGCAUGGGCCACAGCAUUUCGUCCUUUCAACCCUGAAGUGCUCCUUAGAGAUUUGGUUUUGCAGCUUCAGAAUACUAUUCAAGAAGAUCCUGCUGGAUCAACAUCAACUGGAGCAGAAAAGAAAAGCAUAUCAGUGAUGAAACUUCAAGACUUGAAGGAUGAGUUAGCUCGGUUACUAAAAUUGAAAAUGUGCCUUGUUGUUCUUGAUGAUAUAUCGUCCACUUCUGAAUGGAAUUUGGUCAAAUCGUGUUUGGAUAAUGCUGGAAGGAUCAUAUUAACCACAAGACAAAAAAAUGUUGCCAAACAUUGUUCAAGAGAAGACAAGAACAUGUACUGUCUUGAAGGUCUGAAAGAUGCUGCUGCACUUGACCUCUUCAUAAAGAAGGUAUUCAAGGACAAUAUUGACAAACAUGAUUUAGUCCCAGCUAUGAUGGAGCAAGCAAGACUCAUCCUACAUAAAUGUGAUGGACUUCCCCUUGCAAUAUCGACUAUCGGUGGAUUCCUAGCCAGCAAGCCAAAGAAUGCUAUUGAAUGGAAGAAGAUGAAUGAUCAAAUUAGAACUGAAUUGGAGAUAAAUCCUGAACUUAGGGCAAUAAAAACAAUUCUUAUGAGGAGCUAUGAUGGUUUGCCAUACCAUCUCAAAUCUGUUUUCUUAUAUCUGUCCAUAUUUCCAGAAGAUCAUAGAAUUAGGUGGGGUCGCUUGGUGAGGCGGUGGAUUGCAGAGGGUUACUCAAGGGAUAUGCAUGGCAUGAAUGCAGUUGAACUUUGUCGGAGGUACUUUGAUGACCUCCUGGAUAGGAGUAUGAUCCUGCCAGGGGAAGGGAUAGACCAAUACAAACAGAAAAUCAGUUCUUGCCAACUUCAUGAUAUGAUCCGUGAAAUAUGCAUCUCAAAGGCUAGGGAGGAAAACCUUGUUUUCACAUUGGAGGAAGGAUGUUGUUUGAGCAACACACUAGGUGCAAUACGCCAUCUUGUCAUAGGCAGCAACUGGAAAAGGGAUAAACAUGUGCUGGAGAGCAUGCUAGACUUGUCACACGUACGGUCAUUGACCGUGUUUGGAGAGUGGAGACCAUUUUUCAUCUCUGAUAAUAUGAGGUUCCUGCGAGUGCUUGACUUGGAAGACACCGUAGGGCUAAGGGAUCAUCAUCUUGAGAAAAUCGGGAAGCUCCAUCACCUCAUGUACCUUUCUCUACGAGGAUGUCGCAGUAUUUUAUACCUGCCAAAUUCUUUGCAGAAUUUGAGGCACCUCCAAACACUUGAUGUUAAAGGUACACAGAUAAUUGAGUUGCCAAGAACAAUCACCAAUCUUAGCAAGUUACAGAACCUUCAUGCAGCUGGUUUUUGGAACAGAGGGCACGAUGUCAAGGGAGAGGACAUAGUAGAUAAAUAUUCAGGUUACAGAUAUUGUACUCCUACAUGUCAAACAUGCAGUGUUUUGUUGUCCAGAGGUCAUCUUUUCUUGAGACCACAAGUUUUAGAUGCUGGUUUGAAUAGGUAUGAUAUAUUCAAUCUACACUGCUUCAAGGAGAGGCGUCUAGAUGGUGUUAUACUUCCUAGAGGGAUUGGCAGAUUGAAGGCCCUUCACUCACUAGGUAUUGUUGAUGUUUCCGGGAGAAAUGGAAAUGCCACUAUAAAAGAGUUUGGAGAGCUUACUCAGCUACGUAAGCUUAAAGUGGGUGGUCUGAGCUACAGGAACAUCAAUGAGUUAUGGUCUGCCAUUGCUGGUCAUAAUCAGCUUCAAUCUUUGUCAGUUGAAGUGGGUAACCCGCAUGAAGAGAGGAAUGAGUUAGAUGGCUGUUUGGGUGAGGGUUUGUUGCCACCAAGCAGCCUUGAGAGCCUCACUCUGGCUGGUAAGCUAGUCACUGUAACAAAAUGGAUCCAUACGCUUCAGAAUCUCACCAAGUUGGUGCUAAGUUACAGCAGUUUGAAGCAAGAUGAUGAUGCCAUACAAGCCCUCGGGGUGCUACCAAAUAUUGCGGUUCUACGCCUGCAGAAUGACUCGUUCAGGGGGACACAGCUCCAUUUCCAGAGGUCAUCUUUCCCUAGCCUCAUGGUGCUGGAGCUCGAUUGGUUAGACAACCUCAAGUCGGUGCAGUUUGAAGAAGACACAAUGCGCAAGCUUGAGCUGCUACAAAUUGGUGUGUGCGUAGAGCUGAAGGUCAUCUCCGGGCUGCCAGCCCUUAAAAGCCUCAAGGAAAUUCAGUUGCUUAAAGUUGGUGACAGUUAUCUCACUAAAAUAUAUGAGGUGCAGAGGGAAGAGGUGGAGAGGCAGGUAGGGGAGCACGUGAGAGCGAACAUUAUUGACUGACUAUUAAACUCUCCUCUGUGUGUGUGUGCGCACGCGCAUAUUAUCGUGCCUCUCCUGUAUUCUACGUACUAUACAUACAGUAGGAGAGUACCAAAUUGGGUCACUCGGGCGUAUACAGCAGGACUGUAAGUCUGUAAUGCAACAGUUGUAUGUAUCACUUUAAAACGCACUACAUAGCACUUCCUUUGAUGUAAA